GUUUGUGAUCCUCAUAAGUGGGAAUUGAGGGGUAUGAACAUGUCUGCCAUUGGAUAUUGCGACAAAAGCCUUCCAUAUGAAGUUAGAGCGAAAGACUUGGUGGAUAGAUUGACAUUAGCAGAGAAGGUGCAACAGAUGGGAAAUAACGCUUCUAGUAUACCAAGAUUGGGGUUGCCUGCCUAUAAUUGGUGGUCUGAAGCUUUGCAUGGUGUCUCAAAUGUUGGCCCUGGCACAUUCUUCACUGAGAUCGUUCCUGGUGCAACAAGCUUUCCCACCGUUAUCCACACAACAGCAGCCUUUAACCAGUCGCUUUGGAAUGCCAUUGGAAAGGUUGUUUCAACAGAAGCAAGGGCAAUGUACAAUCUGGGGCAAGGUGGAUUAACCUAUUGGAGUCCAAACAUAAAUCCCGUAAGGGACCCUAGAUGGGGAAGAAUCACCGAGACGUCAGGAGAAGAUCCUUUCGUGGUCGGUGUGUAUGGCGCUAAUUAUGUAAGAGGUUUGCAAGAUGUUGAAGGACAAGAACAUACAGCAGAUCCUGGCUCUAGACCUCUUAAGGUUUCAGCAUGUUGCAAACAUUACGCUGCUUAUGAUGUUGAUAACUGGUAUGAGUUUGAUCGAUUGAAAUUUGACGCACAGGUGACUGAGCAAGAUAUGGUUGAAACUUUUCUUCGUCCAUUUGAAAUGUGUGUUAAAGAUGGUGAUGUGAGUAGUGUAAUGUGCUCUUACAAUCAAGUCAACAAAGUUCCAACUUGCGCUGAUCCCAUUCUUUUAAAACAAACACUCAGAGAAGAGUGGAAACUUAACGGAUAUAUAGUUUCAGAUUGUGAUUCCGUUGAAGUGAUACAUAAAGAACAGCGUUGGCUUGAUGAUACACCAGAAGAAGCCGUGGCACAGACCCUAAAAGCAGGUUUAGAUCUGGACUGUGGAGUCACUUACCCUAAUGCUCUUGAAAAUUCAGUCAAGCAAGGAAAAGCUAAUGAGGCAGAAAUUGAUACAUCUCUAAAGUACCUCUAUGUGGUACUGAUGAGGCUUGGAUUCUUUGAUGGAAGUCCAUCUUUUACGUCACUUGGAAAGGAUGAUGUAUGUACUCAAGACCACAUUGAAUUGGCAGCAGAAGCAGCCAGGGAAGGAAUUGUACUUCUCAACAAUGUUGAUGCAACUUUGCCAUUGAACCCUGAUGCGUUUAAGACCCUGGCAAUAAUCGGGCCACUUGCCAAUGCUACGAAACAAAUGCUCGGAAAUUAUGAAGGUUUGCCUUGCCAAUAUGUUUCUCCACUUUCGGGCUUUUCUGCCUUUGGACAAGUGAUAUACGAACAAGGAUGCCCUAACGUAAAAUGCCCGAAUGAUACCUUGAUCUUGCAAGCCACCGAAGCUGCUAAGCAAGCAGAUGCUACCAUACUUGUAGUGGGUACCGAUAGAACAAUUGAGGAAGAGUCAAGGGAUAGAUAUGAUCUCCUCCUUCCUGGUUUGCAGAAGGAUUUGAUCAACCAAGUUGCUAAUGCCUCCAAAGGUCCAGUAAUUCUUGUAGUGAUGAGUGCAGGUGGGGUUGAUAUCUCAUUUGCUAAGGAUAAUAAUAGAAUCAAAGGAAUCUUGUGGGUUGGACAUCCUGGACAGGAAGGUGGUCGUGCCAUUGCAGAUGUUGUCUUCGGAAAAUACAAUCCUGGAGGAAGACUACCCCUUACAUGGUAUACAGCUGAUUAUGUGAGUAAGCUACCCAUGACAUCCAUGCCAUUACGUCCAGUUGAGGAAAAAGGCUACCCUGGAAGAACAUACAAAUUCUUCAAUGGUUCAGUGGUAUAUCCUUUUGCAUAUGGACUAAGCUACACAACCUUUAACUACAAGGUGACGACACCCACAAAUGUAUCCAUCCCUAUUAAACUGAAUAAGAACCAACAAUGUCGCGAGUUGGAAUUGACGGACACAUCCGUCGAGCAACCAUGCCCUUCUGUUGUAGUUAAUGAUUUAACUUGUGAAGAUAAAAUAGCCUUUGAGGUUGAAGUCCAGAACACAGGCGACAAAGAUGGUAAUGAAGUGGUGAUUGUGUACUCAAAGCCUGCGGAGGGAAUUGUGGGAACUCCUUUCAAACAAGUUGUUGGAUUUGAAAGAGUUUUUGUUGCUGCAAAGCAGAGUCAAAAGGUUAAGUUUGAGCUGAAUGCGUGCAAGAGCCUGAACAUUGUCGACAGCAGUGGUUACAGAAUUUUGCCCUCUGGGUUGCACAAAAUUGCUUUGGGAACAUCAUCCGAACAAAUAGAAGUAGAUGUCAGCUUUGCUAGGUAG